AUGCGGGGCCCCGGGGCGCUCUCCCCGCGGGCAGCGCUGCCCUUGGCCGGCCCGGACGCGCUCCGGCCGCGCCGGGAGCCGCGGCAGCGCAGCCCGGCCGGCCCGGCGGGGGCGGCGGGGCAGGGCAGGGCCCGCCGAGCCGCCCCUCCGCGCGGCGCGGGCGGAUUACGGCCGCAGCCCGAGCGCCUAAGCCCGGCUCACCGGGAAAAGCCGCUCGAAGGGCUUUGCGAUCCUGUUAAGUUCUCGGAGAGGAUCAAGACGUCAAAGGGGCUCGGCGGCGCCCCGGCACAUUUCGUGCCACGCCGAGGAAAGUUGGGAGCCCGCCGCGGGCAGGGAAGGGCAGGGCCGGCCCGGGGCCGCCAGCGGAGCGAGGAUCGCAGGGCGGCGAUGCCAGAAGCGGUGGGGCCGUGCGGGCGGCCACACGCCCCGCUGCCCGCCGCAGCCGCUGUCCCCGGGCGGGCGCUCAGCCCUGCUCGCCGGGACAGGCCCCGCGGCCCCAGCGCCCCUGGGCCCGGCAGGGUCCGGCUGCCGCCUCCUGCUGCGCGUCGGCCGGGAGAGCCCGUGCCGAGCGGGGAGGCCCGGCGGCGGUCCCGGCCGCGCUCGGGAGGAGAGCUCGGGGCCGGCAGGGAGAGCCGGCUCCUCUCCGCCCUCCCCUCGCACACACCGCCCGCAGCUCCCUCAUCUGCGCCGGCGGAGGGGCCGGAGGCAGCGGGGAUGCUCAGGAAGGCGGGUGGGGACGUGCCGCUGCCAGCUCGAAGCGCGUCCCUCUCAGCAGCCGUCGGGGAAUGGAUUUCCCGGGCCUCUGGCUCCGCCGUCCCUGCGCGUCCUGCCCGAUGGGGACCCCCGGGGGAUGGUACCCCACAGCCGCCCCCAGCACUGCCUCUGGGGCCGACACCCUCUCCAUCGUGA